UGGUGACAACUCAUUGAUUAAUCGUUGCAGUUCUAGUUUCCUCUUUCACUAACAACAUAAAUAGAGCUCCAACUAAUGAUUAUUUUCAUGAUAUUUUAUCAAUUAAAUGAUAAUGUUUUGUAUACAAAGGAAAAUAGCAAAAAAUACUCGUGUUUUUCCAGAGGCCAAUGUGACAAAUUUUGUCUUGCUUUGUUUAGCCAAUAGUCAAACCCACCAAAAUAUGAAGUUUACUAUUGUAUAUGACAAAGAAAAGCAAUUUGGAAUUUUUGCUGAAACAAUUAAGCUGCCUUCACAUACAGAAAUCAUAAAGAAAUUUGCUCUUUGCUCACUGCCAGGUAGGGCGCAGAGCCUUGCAGAGGUAAAGCUCAGCACAGGUAUAAUAUGUCAUUAAAAAGUAUGCGAGGAAGCUACUUCACUGUUCCUAGGCAACAGUUGUAGCUGUUAUCUCAUUGGUUGUGCUUUGAAAGGUCAGCGGCAACCAAGGUCAAAGUUUAAAUAAUUUGAACUUUGAGCGCAGUGCUCGGUGGCAGUUUCGGGCGGUGCGCCACGCCAAGGCUAGCGCUUCCGCCUGCUCUCCCCAUAGGAAAACAAGGGCACAGUCUGCAAAGAGCGAUUUUACCUCUGAUCAUGUGUGGGCAGCUUUAAAAGAUUAUAAAAAUAGUUACAUAUUAGGAUUUUGUCAAUCGACUGAUCCUAAACAUAAAUGAUGAAUAAAUGUUUUAUUUGUUUUCAUUUGAAAGGUGAUGUCAAGUCGGUGAUAACAUGGCUGUUCCCAAUACGUAUGUGCUGAUCUUUGCCUGUACCUGUGCCGUGAUCCUGGGCAUCGGGCUCUGUGCCAACCUGCUGGUCUUCUCUCUGUUUGCCAAGUACAACACGUUGCGUAAGAACCGCCUCGACAUCCUCCUCCUCAGUAUGACUCUGGCCGACUUCCUCACCCUCCUGCUCAUCCCCUUCACCUUGCACUCUGCCGUCAGUCACUCCUGGCCUCUGGAUGACACAUCCUGCAAGGUCUACCAGUUCCUGCUGGCCUUCAGCCUGGCCGCCAGCACCUACUCGUUGUGUGCCGUGUCCAUGACCCGCGCCAUGAUCAUCACCAACCCAUACCAUCCGCCCACCAUGGACCUGGUGAUCCUCUUGUUUGUCUUGGUCUGGGCCCUCAGCUUCUUCAUCAGCCUGCCGCUGCGUAUGUUUGCCACCAAAGAGAGCCUGGGCCCAAGCCUUGCCAACUUCACCUUCUGCCUUCCAACCAUUCAUGAGCACCACUACCAAGUGGUGCUGAGCCAGUUUGUACUUUACUACUUUGUUCCAAUGCUAGUCAUCGCUUUCAACUAUGUCCGGCUGGCUCUUUUUCUCCACAAGAGCCCUGUAAUGUCGGUGUCUAGUGCCAGGAACACCCGCCGUGCCUCUGUCAUGGUGUUCUUGGCUGCCGCUACCUUCUCAGUGUGCUGGCUGCCUGGUUAUGUGCUGGAGCUAUGUGUGUACGUGGGGCUGUAUCGCCACGGACAGGCUUGGGAGAUGUUUUACUUCAUCUGUACUGUGCUGCAGUACCUGCACCCCUGUAUCAACCCUGUGCUCUAUGUGCUGCUGUCGAAGCGCUACCGCCACAGGAGGGCAGCCUGGCUCUUCAGCUGUAACAGGAACAGAGUGCAGCCGCAGGUCAUCAGUGUCACCACAGACAGCUUUUAAAUACAGCUCAUUGAGCAAUGACUUGACGCUUCAGGGACACUUGUAUUAUAUUUACUACUGUUUACAACAAGAUGGAUGUUUUUGUGAUUACUUUCAGAUUUCACCUCCAUAUUUGAAAUCUACAAAUAAGAAGAUGUGAAAAAUAAUGGUUUAGGAUUUUUUUUCAGGCUUAACUAAAAUCAAAUGUUCACAUUCACUACAAACAGCAGCAGUAAUUGUCAAAAUUCGAGUAUCUGCAUCUAAUAAUUUUUAGGGAAACUAUGUAAUUAUCCCAUUGCUCCCAAAUCUUAUUGCUUUGAUUCUUUUUGUUACCCCAGAUGUUUCCGUCCCUUAGAUUUUCUCAUUUAGUGUAUUUGUGCCCCAGUGUUCUCACAGGACCUUCUAUUUCUACAACAUCAUUACAAACAACUUUCUUAAGAAAUGUUUUUAGUCUUCUGAGACAAUUGUAGCUUAAAAGGAACAGAGUGUAACAUUUCGGGGAAUAGCAGAAAUAGAAUAUAAUAUUCAUAACUAUAUUUUCAUCAGUGUAUAAUCACCUGAAACUAAGAACCGUUGUAUUUUCGUUAACUUAGAAUGAGCUCUUCAUAUCUACAUAGGGAGCGGGUCCUCUUCACAGAGUCUGCCAAUCACUGGCUCUAGAGAGAGCCUUUUCGGGGUUUUUACGUUAGCUGAAGUUCACCGUAGUUCUCUGACACGCUUGUGAAACUACGGUAACGUGAGCCGCAGAGUGCAGAACCGUGAUACCGCCAGCCGCCGUCUGACUUCUGUUGCUCUUAAACUAGUGUUAUUAUGAUGAGGAUGGCCUCUAAGCGAGGUGAACGACGUUACCACGGUUUUGCACUCGGUAGCUCACGUUACCGCAGUCUUGGAAAAGGAGGAGUGAGAGGAGGGGUACUCAGUUGGUUGCAAUCCACAACCACACCACUAGAUGUCGCAAAUCCUACAAACUGUACCUUUCUUGACUUAAUAUUUGUUUACUGGGGAAAAAAAAUUGUGUUGUAAUAAUUUAAAAUGACUAAAAUCAAUAAUAGAAGAGGAUGUUCUUGUUGUAGCGAGAAACAGACUUUUUCUUUUAAUUUAAGGCAGGAAUACAACUUAUUAUUAUGUACUUUCCAAAUGUUUGCAUUUAAAAAAAGAUCGCAAUGUUGGAGUAGGUUUAGUGGUAUGUCUUGUCUUUUCCCUUUGUGCUGUGUUUAUAUUUACAAAGUAUGUGACGUUCUGGUGUUUCUCUUUUCACAUAUGUUUACGUUUGAGUGCCACCAAG